UGAGUCCAGUUCUGGGCUCCUCGGCACAAGGAACAGAAGGGGCUACUGGCGAGGAUCCAGCAGAGGGCUACAAAGAUGAUCAGGGGUCUGGAGCAUCUCUCUUAUGAGGAGAGACUGCAGAAGCUGAGCCUGUUUAGUUAGACUAGAGAAGACUGAGAGGGAAUUUCAUCAAUACAUAUAAAUAUCUCAAAGAUAAGCAACGUCUUGUUUUUCAUUUUACCGCCCAUAUGUAUGUGCUUGUUCCGUCAAUAUGCAAUCUGCUUCAACAGUGGAAUGUAUUUAAUAUGGACUCUGCUAGUCGUGGUUGGAAUUGGAUCUGUUUAUUUUCAUGCCACACUCAGUUUCCUGGGCCAGAUGCUGGAUGAACUGGCUAUUCUCUGGGUCCUGAUGUGUGCUUUUGCCAUGUGGUUCCCUAGGAGAUACCUGCCCAGGGUUUUUCGAAAUGACAGGAGCUGUUUUAAAGCUGCUGUGGGUGUCCUGUCUGGAGUUACCACCUGCCUUGCCUUCAUUAAACCUGCCAUCAACAACAUCUUGCUAAUGAGUCUGGGUGUUCCCUGCACAGCUUUGCUUAUUGCUGAGUUGAAGAGGUGUGAAAACCUCCGUGUAUACAAACUGGGUCUCUUUUCAGGUCUUUGGUGGAUGCUAGCACUUUUCUGCUGGAUCAGUGACAAAGCAUUUUGUGAGAUCUGGUCCUCGUUUAAUUUCCCCUAUUUGCAUUGCGUAUGGCACAUUUUGAUCUGCCUUGCGGCAUACCUGGGCUGUGUCUGCUUUGCUUACUUUGAUGCUGCCUCUGAGAUACCUGAACAGGGCCCUAUCAUAAAGUUCUGGCCCAGUGAAAGAUGGGCAUUCAUUGGAGUUCCCUAUGUCACCCUCCUCUGCGCACAGAAGAAGUCACCUGUGAAGAUUACAUGAAGUUGACAAUGGAAUUGACAAUUGGGGACCGAUUUUCAAUUUACAUUCAGGCAUAGACAAUAUUUAAAUAACGAUAAAUGACCAGUGUUGUGUUUUCUCUUCUUGCUAAGAUAGGCAGCACUUCAGAUGUCAUAGGAAGAGGAGGGAAGUGUGUUCUUUCCUCUCUUAAGAGGAGAGAGGAAGCAGGAACGUGGAGGCACUUGAACACUAAAUGUUCACAAAUGGCUUCUCUAGUUCGCUCUGUUUUGCACUGAAUGUUUUUGAUGUAGCAUUUCUCUUGAUAAAAGCUCUUUCCAAA